ACGAACACGCCUCGACGCGCACACACAGCGGACGAACAAGUCAGAGCCUCAGUGCCAUUUUUAAAACCGUGCGAAGCAACCUGCGCAAAAUGCUGUUGCAGACGGCGCGCGCGGCCCCGCGCGUGCUGCGGACAGCGCACCGCCACAAAGCGUCCUCGGUUGCCGCUCUACUGCACCGCGACGACGCCCAGCCACUUGCGAGCUCGGCCCGCCGCGCUGCGUCCUCGGUCGCCGCUCUCCAUGACGACGACGAGGCCCAGAAGACGAUCGCCAAGGUCGUCUCGCGCUACGCGCGCACGCAAGAGCAGCUCGUGCCCUGGUUUCUCGAGCAGAUGCCGCGGAGCUACUUCGCGUUGGUCCCGGAGAGUUCGCAGCUCGCCCACCUCCAGGCGGCCGCGGGGCUGUUUGAUCCGGCUCGAGGCUUCGACGUUCUCGAUGAGGUCCGCGCGGCGUCGGCGGACGACGGCACCGUCACUUAUUUGACCUCGGGCAACGCGCCGGGCACGCUCGCGCGGCAAGUCCGCACGCUCGCCGGACAAGGAGAACUCACGGGCCUCAAGGUCUUCACUUCUCGCGACGAGACGUUGUGUUUGAAUGUUUUUAAUUUCGACACGGCGGCGCCGGACUCGUGCUUCGAGGCCGAGGAUGCGCUCGCGCCGCACUUACAAUACGCGCGGGCGAAGGGCGGCGAGGGCUUCUGGAGCGAGGCCGCGGUGCGCGCGCACGCCGACAAGUGCUCCUUAGAUUAUCAACUCGGCACGCGGCCCGCGCACUGGGCGCGCCAAAGAGCUCUGUUCGAACGCGUGGCAGGGUCGGACGCCGUGGCGGCGCGCGUCGACGCGAGCAACGGCAGCGCUUGGCUGACGGUGGUGGCGCCGAACACUCUCCCCGCCUCAUUCUUGCACAAGGUGCUGAGACUCGUCGCGGCCCACUCCCUGGACGUCAAGCUCGCGGAAAUGGACACGGUCGAGGACUGCCUGAUCCUGCGCGUGUUGGUGACCGGCUCGGCGAACUGGACCGACGUCGCCGCGGUUAGUGAACGCCUCAAGUGGCUCGGCGAGACGGCGCUCGUGCCCCUCUUCGCGAAGGGCGCGCCGACGGCGCGGGACGCGACGUUGCUAGAGGUGCGAUACGCGCUUGAGACGCUGGCGCAGCGCACGCUCGGGUGCUCGCGCGACCGCGUUGCGAAAACUUUGAGAAGCCACGGCGACCUCGCGGACGCCGCCGCCAAGCUUUUGCUGAAGCGGCCCGUCGGUCGCGGCGACGGCGGCGAUGUGAAGGAGCUGCUCGCGAGCGUCGACGCGGUCACUGAUGAAGCGGAGAAGGAGGUUCUCGCCGAGGUCGUGCGCCACGCCACGACGUGUCUACAAACGAACGUGGGCCGCGCGGACCGGCAGGCGUUAGCUCUCGUCCUCGACCCGAGCACGCUCUCGGACGGGGCCGAGCCCCCGGCGCGCGUCGUCUUCGUGGCGGGCCGGCGCUUCGACGCCUUCCACGUCAGCAUGCGUCCGGUCGCGAGGGGCGGAGUUCGGCUUGUCACCCCCAAAACGCCGGAGGCGCUCGCUCAUGCCGCUUCUAGACAUUAUGACGAGUGCCGCGACCUCGCGCAAGCGCAGCAGCUCAAGAACAAGGACAUCCCGGAGGGCGGCGCCAAGGCCGUCGUUCUGGUCGACGCCACGGGCCACGGCGACGACGCAUGGGCGGGCCGCGGGCGGGGUGCGUUCCGCGAGUACCUGAACCGCAAGGCCGUGUCCGCCUUCGCCGACGCUUUGUUAGAUGUGAGCCUCGAGAGCGAAACGCUGCCGUAUUUGGGCCCGGACGAGCAGGUCGUCCCGCAAGACAUCACGCGCAUCGUCGCGAACGCGGCGCGCCGCGGCCACCCGCGGCCGGAGGCGCUGAUGUCCUCGAAGCCCGGCGCGGGCAUCAACCACAAGGAGUUCGGCGUCACGAGCGAGGGCGUCGCGGUGUUUGUGGAGCGGGCGCUGCGCGAGGUCGGGAUCGACGCGCGGAAGGACGCCUUUCGGGUCUCGCUCGUCGGUGGGCCCGACGGCGACGUCGCGGGCAACUUACUGAAGAUCAUGCAACGCGACUGGCCGUCGGCGCGCGUCGUCGGCGUGGCGGACGGCAGCGGGUACGCUGAGGAUCCCGAAGGUUUAGAUGGGAACGAGCUCCGGCGCUUGGUGGAGGCCUCGGCGCCGAUCGCGGCGUUUGAUAGCAAGCUGCUAGGGAAUCGCGGCACGCUCCGGACGGCGGACGACGGUGACGGAGCCGCGCUGCGCGAUACGAUGCACUUCCGCGUGGACGCCGACGUGCUCGUGCCGUGCGGCGGGCGGCCUGGAACCAUACACGCGGGCAACGCGCGGGAAUUUCUCAAACCGGGUGAUGAUGCCGCGCCGGGUGCGCCGCGGGCCCCGAUCUGUGUGGAAAUUCGAGCAGGGUCGCGUCGAUGGCGUGGAGGUCGACGCGACGAUUCAGCACGAACGCGCCGUAAAUUUGAUUUCCGCACAGGCCCCGAUCAUCGUCGAGGGUGCCAACCUGUUCCUGACGCCCGAGGCGCGCCAGAUCCUCCACAAAGAGGCCGGUGUGCUCGUGGUCAAGGACUCGUCCGCCAACAAGUGCGGCGUCGUGUGCUCUUCCUAUGAAAUCUUAGCUGCGCACUUAUUGUCCCGGAGCGCGUUCGAGGCGCAGAAGGGGGUCAUCGUCGCGGAGGUCCUCGACCGGCUCCGCGCGUUGGCGUCGUUGGAAGCCGACCUGCUGUUCAAGGAGUACUCGCGCUUCCCGGGCGCGCUGCCCGACUUCUCGCGGCGCAUCUCGGAGGCGAUCAACCUCGUGGCCGACGCGGUCGGCGCGACGGCGAGCGACGACCAGGUGGCCGCACUCUUCGCAGAGCUCGCGCCGGAGCACCUGCCGCCGACGCUCGCUCAACUCGCCGUCGCGGCGCCGGAAGCACUGCCGGCCGGCUACGCGCGCGCCUGCGCGGGGUCUUUCGUGGCGACGAGACUCGUCUACGGCGAGGGCAUCACGCACGUCGAGGCGCUCGGCAGUGACCCCGCACGCCUCGCGGCUGCCGCGACGACAUACGUCGGGGCGCAGCGCGACGUGUCGCAACUCCAAGAGAAGGUGCUCGCUUCCUCCCUCGACGAGGCCGUGAAGACGGACGUCCUCAAGCUCCUCCGCCCCUCCCUCUCCUGAUUCGUGUUGUCGUGGAAGCCUGUACGACUGUCAAUAUAUUUACAACAAAAAA